GGGGCGGAAUGCGGGCAGGAUCAGCCGGUGACGGUCAGCAGGAAGCGGUUUGCUGGGAGUUCCUGUCCCCCGGUUGCUAGGCUGAUUAAUCGUGCGGCGGUUGAUUGAGGGUCAGUGCCGGUGCGGAAUUUGCUGAUCCUCCCCGUACACACCCACCGGCUUCCGGGAAGCUGGAGCGCGGUCUCGGUCCGUUUUACUGGACGUGGCUGGCGUCUCGGCUAGUUUCGACAUUAGAGCCGCCGGUUUCGGGCCUGUGACUGUGGCGGCGAGGAGCAGUUCCCUGGGGAAUGAUGUGAGGAGGAAGAGGCGGUGAGAUCGUGCGCUGGGUGAAGGAUGGAGGAUAAAUACACCAACAACAUCAUCUCCAGCACCAGGCUGGGCCCUGUGGAUGCACCCAGCUCCAGGUUUACACGAUAUAUCACACUGCUGUGCCUGGCCAAGUUCCUUAAAGUUAUUGGGAUUUUUGAAUCGUAUGACCUCCUCAAACUUGUCCAUAUUGUCCAGUUUGUCUUCAUAAUCCAGCUGGGAUCUGCGAUAUUCUUGGUUUUAUUUCAAAAACCAUUUUCUACUGGCAAACCAAUAUCAAGACGGCUGUGGGUCAAGAUCGGUAAACAUGCGGUUGGUGGUUGCAUUAUUUUGCUGUUGUGGUUCUUUGGACUCACGCUUUGUGGACCCUUGAGAACAGUACUUCUAUUUGAGCACAGUGACAUUGUUAUCAUUUCUCUGCUUGGUGUUUUGUUUACCAGCUCCAGUGGAGGUCCAGCAAAGACAAGAGGAGCAGUUUUCUUCAUUAUCGCUGUCAUCUGUUUAUUAUUGUUUGACAAUGAUGAUCUGAUGGCUAAAAUGGCUGAACACCCUGAGGGCCAUCAUGACAGUGCAUUAACACAUGCACUGUACACAGUCAUCUCUCUUCUUGGAGUAGCAGACCACAAGGGUGGAGUUUUAUUACUGGUGAUGUCGUUGUGUUUCAAAGUUGGUUUUCAUACAGCUUCCAGAAAGCUGUCUGUGGAUGUCGGUGGAGCCAAACGCCUGCACACCUUAUCUACCCUAACUUCAGCAAUGUUAUUGUUUCCGUGGGUAGUCAUAUUGACUGUAACAACAGAGAGUAAAAUAGAAUCCUGGUCUUCUCUUAUUAUGCCGUUUGGGACUGUCAUCUUCUGUGUGCUAAUGUUGGACUUCUAUGUAGAAUCUAUUUGCUCUGCCAAAAUGGAAGCUCCGAAGUGUGCACAAUAUGGUUCAAUCCUUGUCUUUUUUGGAGCUUUACUUCUUGCUAAUUUCUGGACACAUCCAAUAACUGAUCAGCUACGUGUAAUCAACAAACAAACCCAGCAGCACAGCAAUGAACAUGUAUUGUCAGGUGGAGUCGUGGUUAGUGCCAUUUUCUUCAUUCUAGCUGCCAGCAUCUUAUCCUCACCUUCUAAGAAAGGUCAAAAGGGUACUCUGGUUGGUUACUCACCUGAAGGUACCCCACUGUAUAACUUUAUGGGUGACGCCUUACAACAUACUUCCCAGUCAAUGCCCAGGUUUAUUAAAGAAUCUUUGAAACAAAUCCUUGAAGAGUAUGACUCCAGACAGAUCUUCUACUUUCUCUGCCUUAAUCUAGCCUUUACAUUUGUGGAAUUGUUCUAUGGUGUGUGGACCAACAGUCUUGGCCUUAUCUCUGAUGGUUUCCACAUGCUGUUUGACUGCUCAGCACUAGUCUUGGGCCUCUUUGCAGCCCUAAUGACCAGAUGGAAGGCAACUCGAAUUUACUCUUAUGGAUAUGGACGUCUUGAAAUUCUGUCUGGAUUUAUUAAUGGACUUUUUCUAAUGGUUAUAGCAUUUUUUGUUUUUGUUGAGUCUGUGGCUAGAGUCUUUGAUCCCCCAGACAUCGAUACAGAAAUGUUAACGCCUGUUUCCAUUGGGGGUCUGAUAGUGAACCUGAUUGGUAUCUGUGCCUUUAGCCACGCCCAUUCCCAUGGUGGUUCUCGAAGCAGUUGUUCUUCACAUGAGCAUGGCCACAGUCACGGACAUGGGCAUUCUCAUGGCGAUCAUGGACAUGGAGGAGUACAUGGCCAUAGCCAUAGCCACAACCAUGGUCACUCCCAUGGAUCUUCAGGUGGCGGGAUGAACGCUAACAUGCGAGGAGUAUUUCUCCAUGUGCUGGCAGAUACACUCGGCAGUGUUGGAGUGAUCAUCUCAUCUCUUCUAAUUCGUCAGUUUGGAUGGCUAAUUGCUGAUCCUAUUUGCUCUCUUUUCAUUGCUAUAUUAAUAUUUCUAAGUGUUAUUCCACUUAUGAAAGAUGCUUGUCGAUUAUUGCUGCUACGGACGCCACCAGAACUUGAGAAGCAACUCAUUAGUACCCUAAAUAAGAUCCAGAAAAUUGAAGGUGUUCUGUCUUAUCGAGAUCCUCAUUUCUGGCGCCACUCAGCCAAUGUAAUAGCAGGAACCCUGCAUGUGCAGGUCAUGCCAGAUGUUGUGGAGCAGAGAAUUGUACAGCAGGUGAUAGCUGCUUUAAAAGAUGUUGGUGUCAAUAACUUGUCGGUUCAGGUGGAGAAGGAGUCCUACUUCCAGCAUAUGUCGGGUCUGAGUACAGGUUUCCAAGAAAUCCUUGCUAUGACACAGCAAAUGGAAACUGUAAAACUUUUAAAAGAUGGUACUUACAUUAUGUGACCAAAACCCUGAAAUACAUCUUCCUGGAAGCUCCAGAAAAGCGACAACACUUACUGUGUACUAACGGUUUUGUAUAAAACAUAUUUAUUUUAAGAAAACCUGUGCAGAAUUAUAUGCAUUAUAUUGAUGUGUCUCAUUUUUCUUUCUGUGGAUUUAUUAACAGAAAUUCAAAGAUCUGAUAGCAGUAAAAAGGACAACUUUAGCAUUAAAUGUAUUGUGUAAAAAAUAUAUUCUGAAUUUAUAUUAAAUGGGCCAACAGGUGUUAUCCUGCUGUUUACAUUUUAGCAAUAAGUAUUAGAUUUAUAAUUCCCUUUAUGUACACUUUGGUCAUGCAAAGAUUGCAUUAAGUUUAGAAUAGAGGUGUCAAAAUAGAUAGAUAACUCCAAACAUUUGAAUGAGACUUGUACUUAUUUUUAAAACUGUCGGUGUGUUUCAUGUGGAAUUAGAUUGCUAAUGAUGUACCAACAAUUAACUGGUAAUACCAGUUGUGUCUGUCCUUUAUUUAUAUUUUGCUUCUCUAUUUCGUAUCCAAAUCCUGUGGAUUUUUUUCUCACUGUUAAUUCAUGUGUUGAAAAUACUGAGUUGUCUUUUCUUGCAUAAAGAUGUUUGGAAAAGCUAAGAGAGAAGCUCCUGACUAUUCUACAGACUUCUGUGGCCAUACUAUGCGUUAUCAUCCACAAGUUUCCACAGCCCAGGCAGAUAAAAUUUUAAACUUUGAUUUAAUUUUCCUCAAUCUAAGACAACAAUGGUUGCAACAUUCAUGUCUCCUUGCUACUCAGCGUACUUUGUUUACCAAAGAGAGAGCGCAUGCAUAAAUUUUCCUCAUCACUCUGUCGUUUUCCAAGAUACUUGGCCAAAGCUGUCAGAAUCACUCCCUGUAUAAACCGGAAUUUAACUUGGACCCCCUACUUCAGAACUCUGCCUUUUAAUAUUCUAGCUAUGAGGAUAACCAUAAAAUGUUUCUCUAUAAAUCAGUGAUUUUUUUGGAUUUUAAAAUGGGAUCUAAAUGUCAAUAAAUUUGUUGUCCACACAACAAUUGUGUAUUAUAA